AUGAAAGAGAAAGAUGUAAAUCUAUUGGAAAAUCAAAAAUACGCAUGUCGGAUGAAAUGGUUGUUGCUAUCUGCUCCAAUAAGGAAUCAUUGGUUUAACUGA